AGCUCCUGCGCGACUUAUAAGAGCUCCUUGUGCGGCGCCAUUUUAAGCCUCUCGGUCUGUGGCAGCCGCGUUAGCCCGUCCCCGGGAGCGGAGAGCGAGGGGAGGCGGAGACCGAGGAAGGUUCGAGGAACAGCUCCGUUCCCCGUCGAGCCGCCACUGCAGGCCGAGGACGGUCGGACUACCGCGGCGGGAGGAGCCUGUUCCCCUGAGGGUCUCUGAAGUACACCAUACUACGGUUUUGAAAAUCUCGCGUGGACAAUGGCUACCCAAGCUGACUUGAUGGAGCUGGACAUGGCCAUGGAGCCAGACAGAAAAGCAGCUGUUAGUCACUGGCAGCAACAAUCUUACCUGGACUCUGGAAUCCAUUCUGGUGCCACUACCACAGCUCCUUCUCUGAGUGGUAAAGGCAAUCCUGAGGAAGAAGAUGUGGAUACCACCCAAGUCCUGUAUGAAUGGGAGCAGGGAUUUUCUCAGUCCUUCACUCAAGAACAAGUAGCUGAUAUUGAUGGACAGUAUGCAAUGACUCGAGCUCAGAGGGUACGAGCUGCUAUGUUCCCUGAGACAUUAGAUGAGGGCAUGCAGAUCCCAUCUACACAGUUUGAUGCCGCUCAUCCCACUAAUGUCCAGCGUCUGGCUGAACCGUCACAGAUGCUGAAACAUGCAGUUGUAAAUUUGAUUAACUAUCAAGAUGAUGCAGAACUUGCCACACGUGCAAUCCCUGAAUUGACAAAACUGCUAAAUGAUGAAGACCAGGUGGUGGUUAAUAAGGCUGCAGUUAUGGUCCAUCAGCUUUCUAAAAAGGAAGCUUCCAGACACGCCAUCAUGCGUUCUCCUCAGAUGGUGUCUGCUAUUGUACGCACCAUGCAGAAUACAAAUGAUGUGGAGACGGCUCGCUGUACUGCUGGGACCUUGCACAAUCUUUCCCAUCAUCGUGAGGGCUUGCUGGCCAUCUUUAAGUCUGGGGGCAUUCCUGCCCUGGUGAAGAUGCUUGGUUCACCAGUGGAUUCUGUAUUGUUUUAUGCCAUUACAACUCUCCACAACCUUUUAUUGCAUCAGGAAGGAGCUAAAAUGGCAGUGCGUUUAGCUGGCGGGCUGCAGAAAAUGGUUGCCUUGCUCAACAAAACAAAUGUUAAAUUCUUGGCUAUUACAACAGACUGCCUUCAGAUUUUAGCUUAUGGCAAUCAAGAAAGCAAGCUGAUCAUUUUGGCUAGUGGUGGACCUCAAGCUUUAGUGAAUAUAAUGAGGACCUAUACCUAUGAGAAACUACUGUGGACCACAAGCAGAGUACUGAAGGUGCUGUCUGUCUGCUCUAGUAAUAAGCCGGCUAUUGUAGAAGCUGGUGGAAUGCAAGCUUUAGGACUUCACCUGACAGAUCCAAGUCAACGUCUUGUUCAGAAUUGUCUUUGGACUCUGAGGAAUCUUUCAGAUGCUGCAACUAAACAGGAAGGGAUGGAAGGUCUUCUUGGGACCCUUGUUCAGCUUCUGGGCUCAGAUGAUAUAAAUGUGGUCACCUGCGCAGCUGGAAUUCUUUCUAAUCUCACUUGCAAUAAUUACAAGAACAAGAUGAUGGUGUGCCAAGUGGGUGGUAUAGAGGCUCUUGUGCGUACUGUCCUUCGUGCUGGUGACAGGGAGGAUAUCACUGAGCCUGCCAUCUGUGCUCUUCGUCAUCUGACCAGCCGACACCAGGAAGCUGAGAUGGCCCAGAAUGCUGUUCGCCUUCACUAUGGACUGCCAGUUGUGGUUAAACUCCUACAUCCACCAUCCCAUUGGCCUCUGAUCAAGGCUACUGUUGGAUUGAUUCGAAAUCUUGCCCUUUGUCCCGCAAAUCACGCACCUUUGCGUGAGCAGGGUGCCAUUCCACGACUAGUUCAGUUGCUGGUUCGUGCACAUCAGGAUACCCAGCGCCGUACAUCUAUGGGUGGAACACAGCAGCAGUUUGUGGAGGGGGUCCGCAUGGAAGAAAUAGUUGAAGGUUGUACUGGAGCCCUUCACAUCCUAGCUCGGGAUGUUCACAACCGAAUUGUUAUCAGAGGCCUAAAUACCAUUCCAUUGUUUGUGCAGCUGCUUUAUUCUCCCAUUGAAAAUAUCCAGAGAGUAGCUGCAGGGGUCCUCUGUGAACUUGCUCAGGACAAGGAGGCUGCAGAAGCUAUUGAAGCUGAGGGAGCCACAGCUCCUCUGACAGAAUUACUUCAUUCUAGGAAUGAAGGUGUGGCAACAUAUGCAGCUGCUGUUUUGUUCCGAAUGUCUGAGGACAAGCCACAGGAUUAUAAGAAACGGCUUUCAGUUGAGCUGACCAGUUCUCUCUUCAGAACGGAGCCAAUGGCUUGGAAUGAGACUGCUGAUCUUGGACUUGAUAUCGGUGCCCAGGGAGAACCCCUUGGAUAUCGCCAGGAUGAUCCCAGCUAUCGUUCUUUUCACUCUGGUGGAUACGGCCAGGAUGCCUUGGGUAUGGACCCCAUGAUGGAGCAUGAGAUGGGCGGCCACCACCCUGGUGCUGACUAUCCAGUUGAUGGGCUGCCAGAUCUGGGGCAUGCCCAGGACCUCAUGGAUGGGCUGCCUCCAGGUGACAGCAAUCAGCUGGCCUGGUUUGAUACUGACCUGUAAAUCAUCCUUUAGCUGUAUUGUCUGAACUUGCAUUGUGAUUGGCCUGUAGAGUUGCUGAGAGGGCUCGAGGGGUGGGCUGGUAUCUCAGAAAGUGCCUGACACACUAACCAAGCUGAGUUUCCUAUGGGAACAAUUGAAGUAAACUUUUUGUUCUGGUCCUUUUUGGUCGAGGAGUAACAAUACAAAUGGAUUUUGGGAGUGACUCAAGAAGUGAAGAAUGCACAAGAAUGGAUCACAAGAUGGAAUUUAUCAAACUCUAGCCUUGCUUGUUAAAAUUUUUUUUUAAAUAUCUGUAAUGGUACUGACUUUGCUUGCUUUGAAGUAGCUCUUUUUUUUUCUUUUUUCUUUUUUUUGCAGUAACUGUUUGUUAGUUUUUUAAGUCUCUCGUAGUGUUAAGUUAUAGUGAAUACUGCUACAGCAAUUUCUAAUUUUUAAGAAUUGAGUAAUGGUGUAGAACACUAAUUCAUAAUCACUCUAAUUGUAAUCUGAAUAAAGUGUAACAUUGUGUAGCCUUUUUGUAUAAAAUAGACAAAUAGAAAUGGUCCAAUUAGUUUCCUUUUUAAUAUGCUUAAAAUAAGCAGGUGGAUCUAUUUCAUGUUUUUGAUCAAAAACUUUAUUUGGGAUAUGUAUGGGUAGGGUAAAUCAGUAAGAGGUGUUAUUUGGAACCUUGUUUUGGACAGUUUACCAGUUGCCUUUUAUCCCAAAGUUGUUGUAACCUGCGGUGAUACAAUGCUUCAAGAGAAAAUGCGGUUAUAAAAAUGGUUCAGAAUUAAACUUUUAAUUCAUUC